AAUUCCCAAAAAAAAUCCAAUUUUUCUGGCUAUCAACACUCCUCUCUCACACAAAUCCAUUCUACAUUGCAGAGCACAGAACAACCAAAAAUGGUGUUAACUUCAAUUUCAACACCAUCUUCUUCAUUCCUCUCCGAUUCUCCUUCAACUUCCACUUCCAAUUCCACUCUCUUCAGAAACACAACCUUCCCUUCCUUCCUUGUUGGAUUCCCAAAACCUCCCUUUUCAAAUGCAACCCUCAGACUCAAACCCUUGUCUUCUUCCGCUUCAUCCACUCAACAAGACAAUGGGUCGCCGGAACGGUUUCUUAAGAACAAUUCCAUUGCGGAUUUCAUGCGGUUCAAGAAAGGGAUUGAUGGUGCUACUGGUGUCUUGCAAACUGCUGUUGUUAGCUAUAAGAGGAAGUUACCUUGGUCCAUUUUGAACCCUUUUGUUAAGGUUGAUUUGAUUUCAACAAUUCAUAUAGCUGAUGAAGAGUAUUUUCUGGCCCUCCAAAAGGAGCUCGAAUCCUAUGAUUGCGUUCUGUAUGAAAUGGUAGCUAGCAGGGAAACUUUAGCGAAUAUGAGAAACCCUAUAAACAGGUUAAAAGGAUCACACUCUAGGGGUUUUACCAUUUUGGGAUGCAUUCAAAGACAAAUGGCUGAAAUUCUCAGGCUUGAUUUCCAAUUAGAUUGUCUCAAUUACCAGUCUGAAAAUUUUCAACAUGCGGAUCUUGACUAUGAAACCUUCCGAUUACUCCAGGAUGCAAAAGGUGAAAGUUUCUUUUCUUUUGCAAAAAAGAUGACUCUUAAAUCUACAAAGGCGAUGUUGCAACCUUCAAUUCGAGAAGAUCUUGAUCCGUGGAGAUCCAAGCUUUUAUGGGCUGCACGUGUACUUCCUAUGCCGCUAGUUGGCCUUUUUCUCAUCGGAAGCGUCUGUGCAAAUGUGGAAAGUCCAGUAUCUGAAUAUCCUGAAAUUGAGGCAUUGUCAAGACUUGAUUUUAGUGGCGCCAUGAAGAUCUUCCUUGCAAAAAGACUAACAUCCGAGUUGACACAAGCUACAGCAGAUAUAGAAGAGAAAUCAGUUAUAAUUGGCGAGCGAAACCGAGUUGCAAUCGAUGCCCUCAGAACGGCACUGGACAACGGAAACAAUAGAAUUGCCAUACUUUACGGGGGUGGCCACAUGCCGGAUCUCGGGAGGAGAUUGAGGGAGGAGUUCGAUUUAAUCCCGUCCGGCGUGGAGUGGAUAACAGCAUGGUCCAUAAGGAAAAGAAAACUUAAUACAAGAUCACUUCCAUUUCUGAAGACAAUGGCCAAGGCUUCAGGUUGGCCGUUGAAUCGCUAUCAGACACUAGCGUUGCUCAUCUUUUCGUCCGUGUUGGCGUUGGAUCUGUGGUUUUGGGAGCUUUUCUUCGGCACCACAGUGGACUGGGUCACUGAGGUAGCCUCAGAAGUUAAUCAGUAUGUUGGUAAUUCAAAAAUGAUAUGAUCAUUGGAUUCAGAAAAUUCAUACUAAUAACUAAUUAGGAUAAAAAAAAAAAAACUUGUAUAUGAAUGUAAAAAUGAAAAUUUUAUCAACAAAUGUAAAAUUCUAGCUAUUCCCAUUACUCAAAAGUUUUAAGAGCCUUGCCUCUUUGGUGCAUGGGGCAUGGAAAUGGGAAUAUGUAACCAUAUGAACUGAGAUAUGUAAAUUUCAUUGUGCAUUUUCUGAUAUGCAAAUGCUGAAAUGGUGUUCAUUUGUUGUAUUA